GAGCCGAGCACCGCUUCGGGAGACCGGACUCCUUGACUCGACCCCCAAUACGGUCACGGAGGCAGGUGAUCCCCGUUGUUACAGAAGGUGCUGAUUCACAAGCUGUCUUCAUGUCAGAAAGGAAGUCGUGCAGAAGUAAAUUUCGAGAUCAGCCCAGCAUAGGGAAGCAGCCACAGCCUUUGGCCAAAAAUGAUGGUGAAUCGCAGAGUGGAUUUCACAAGAGCUGGACUUUGUUACUGGUGGUUCUGUUAAUUAUUGUCCCAUUGCUUUAUGUCCUGUGGAGUGGAAUUCCAAGUCUUCUCAAUACAACUUUAUCAAGUAGAGAUACUCAAAUUCUGCAAGCAUUUCGGGCCCAGAUGAAGAAACUAAAAAACACUUACCAAAGUCAGGAUCCCAAUCUGUGGCAAAGAACACAUGUGGUCCUUGAGAAACACCUUAAUGCUUCCCAUCUGCAUUUGGAGCCAGCCAUCUUACUGCUCACAGCUGGCCAAGAAGCUGAGAAAGCACUGAGAUGCCUAAGUAAUGAGAUAGCCAAUGCUUUUGCCUUCUCCCAGAAUGCUACUACAAUCCAAAUUAAUGGGGCAGACAAAGCCAUAUUGGAUAGUGACGUUGUGAAGCUGGAGGUAGAUAGUGAGCUCAGCUCUGGGUUCAGAGAAGGCAAGAAGGUGGCAGUGGUGCAUCGAUUUGAGUCACUGCCUGCAGGCUCCACCUUAAUCUUUUACAAGUACUGUGACCAUGAAAAUGCAGCAUUUAAAGAUGUGGCUCUUGUGCUGACAGUUCUCCUGGAUGAGCAGUCGCUGAGAAAGAGCCUCACCUUGAAAGAAGUUGAGGAGAAAGUCCGGGAUUUCCUCUGGGAGAAGUUUACCAGUUCCGGUGUUCCUAGUUCUUACAAUAGCAUGGACACAGAUAAGCUGAGUGGACUGUGGAGCCGUAUCUCUCAUCUUGUGUUGCCUGUUUGGCCUGAAAAGGGCCUCCCUGUGGAGGGAUGCACAUAA